CCACGCUCUCCUCGCGAGCACGUUUUUCGUAACUGCUGCUCCAAUUAAAAAGUAUUAACUUAUUAUUUCAUCUCAUCGAAAAGAUAAGACUACUGGACUUAUCUUUUCCUCGUAUUUUGCCAUUGUGAUAGUUUGUUUUGUGCUGGAGAGAGAAAAAAGAGUGAAGAGAUUGACAAUUUGGGUUAAUUUUAUUGCGGGUUUAGUUUAACUAUUAAUUAAUUAUUACUCCGUCGGUUAAUUCGACGAUUUUUAUUUCUUUCUUCUCAUUGUUGGACGUCGUAGUGGAAAACACUACAUCACCAGCCCUUCAAAAUUCCGCACGCUACAAGGAUGAACGGUACCUGUAAAAUGAACGGAGAGUCGGAAGGAUGUAAUAAUUCUUCCUCCAGUGGCGACAGUGGUGGUGACCUCGUUGAUGGGGUUUCCUGCGCCGACAUGUUCCGCAACAAGGAGGGGUUGACGUACAACGACUUCAUCAUCCUCCCCGGAUACAUCGACUUCAUCCCGAACGAAGUCACUCUUCACGCCAAGUUGACGCGAAAUAUCGGACUCAACUGUCCCCUCGUAUCGUCCCCCAUGGACACUGUGACCGAGUCGGAAAUGGCCAUCGCCAUGUCGCUGUCUGGUGGAAUCGGAAUCAUCCACCACAACUGCACUCCCGAAUUCCAAGCGCAGGAAGUUCUGAAAGUGAAGAAAUACAAGCAUGGUUUCAUCCGCGACCCUGUCGUCCUAUCCCCGUCACACACGGUGCGUGAUGUUUUCGCUAUAAAAAAGCAGUACGGUUUUUCGGGCACUCCAAUCACAGAAAAUGGAAAAUUGGGCGGAAAACUGAUGGGGAUUGUGACAUCGAGGGACAUUGAUUUCUUUGAAGGACGAAUGAACGUCACUCUUGACGAAGUCAUGUCAACUGACCUUGUCACAGCGGGAGCAAAUGUCAAAUUGGCAGAGGCAAACCACAUCAUGGAGAAGUCUAAGAAGGGCAAACUCCCGAUUGUGAAUGAGGACUACGAAUUGGUCGCACUUAUUGCUAGAACGGAUUUGAAAAAGGCUAGAAGUUUUCCGAACGCAUCGAAAGAUGCGAAUAAACAAUUGAUCGUUGGCGCAGCAAUUGGGACGAGGGAGUCGGAUCGAGAGAGGUUAGAGGGGUUGGUUGCGGCUGGGGUGGAUGUGGUCGUGUUGGAUUCUUCACAAGGAAAUUCGUCGUAUCAGAUUGAAAUGAUAAAGUUCAUAAAAGCGAAAUACCCAAAUCUUGACAUUGUCGCAGGAAACGUUGUGACUACGUCUCAAGCAAAGAAUCUAAUUGAUGCUGGUGCGGACGGGCUUCGUGUUGGGAUGGGAAGCGGGUCAAUCUGUAUUACGCAAGAGGUCAUGGCCGUUGGGCGCGCACAGGCUACCGCUGUUUACAACGUUGCAAAAUACGCAGCUCAGUUCGGAAUCCCGAUCAUUGCGGAUGGUGGGAUUCAAAGUGUGGGGCAUAUUAUUAAGGCGCUGUCUCUGGGGGCAAGUACGUGCAUGAUGGGAUCCAUGUUAGCUGGAACAACGGAAGCACCGGGCGAGUACUUUUUCGCGGAUGGGGUCCGUCUCAAAAAAUAUCGUGGGAUGGGUAGUCUUGAGGCGAUGGAGAGGAAAGAUGCUACUUCGUCAACUAGUGGGGGUAAAGGGGGUACCUCUGCAGCCAUGAACCGCUACUUCCACUCUGAAGGAGACCGCAUGAUGGUGGCGCAGGGCGUGUCGGGCUCUAUUGUCGACAAGGGCUCCGUUCUUCGCUUCCUGCCCUACCUCGAAAGUGGGAUUCGACACGGAUGUCAGGACAUGGGCGUCCGAAGUUUGUUUGAACUUCGAGACUUUACUUACAAUGGAAAACUACGGUUCGAGCGCCGAACGACAUCUGCACAAUUGGAGGGUGGGGUGCAUGGAUUGUACAACUAUGAGAAGCGACUCUUUUGAUAUGAGGCAUCCUCCGAGGGACCCGGUUCGGUGCGGAAGAAGACAUAAUUUUUGGACCGUUUUACUGAAUUGUUGAAAUUAAUUUACACAACUUACGUGCUUCCCACGCCCAAAGAAUUGUAUAAAUCUCAAAUUUUUUAUGAAUUCGUUGAUUAAUUGUAAUGGUUUAUGUAAUUUUGUGAGAAUUUGUUGGAAUUAUUUACAGGAAUCUCAAUUUAUAGAAUCUGAAAAUCUGUACUGUUUCCUUUAAUCGUUAGUUAUCCAUCCGUUUGUUAUUUUUACGAUUUUUGUACUUAAUACGUUUGAUUGCAAUUAUGCAAAACUGUUAAUUAAGCAACUGCCAGGAUUAAUUAGUAUUAAUUAUCUUGACAUUUUUCUCUCCGAUGUUUGUUUGUUAUCCAAAGCGUAUUACUAAUUUCGUCCAAGUGUUUUGGUUUGCGAUCCGUUUAUCUGAUUUGUUUUUUGUAUGUAAAACUUUGUUAGUUAGUUGACAAAAACAACUAUGUAUUAAUGACCAAUCUAAACAUUUAACCAAAAUGAAAGGCAGGGUCUUCUAUCUAUCUUAUCAUCGCUUCCCUCUUGCUGUGUAUACAUACAUAAAUCAGGAUAUACAAAAAAUAUACUAUUGUGAUUUGAAAUAUGCAAUCAAUCAGAACCAGAAGAUAAAGAAUCAGGAAUUCGAAUCUUAACCUACGAUGGAUUUGUAUCGUCGUUACCAAUUUUGUAGUCAGAACAGACUAGAAAAGGUAGUCAUAAAUUAAUUAGAAAAAUAGCGACAUAAAUUUAGUAACUAACUUUUGAGAAGCUAUUUUACUGCGAAAAUGGUACUUGUAGUAGUCAUUCACGUUAAAUAGCAAUGCAUAACACUUAACUAUGCACGCUAAUUUAUGCAGACAUGCGAACGAUUUAUUUUGAAUUUUAGACAGCCUAUUCACGAAAAUAUUGUAACAUUAUAAAUCUUGUAAAGUUUAGUGCCAAACAAAAUGAGUUUAUGCAAUUUUGCAAAAAUUUGAUACAUUAGAGCAAGUAAAUAGUUGCUCUUCAUUUUGCACAUUUUACAACUUUACAAAGCUGACGUGAAUAAUUCGAAGCUUGGAAUCACUAUCUCUCGAUAAAAAAAGAUAUGUGCCAAGAUUUUCGCAAAAAUAUUGGUUAUGUUCGCAAAAUUAGACUUUGAUUCAGUUUCCUAUGUCACGCAAUUUCUCUUCCUGUCACCGCCACGCUUUUUAUUAUUAUGAUGAUAUAUUCUCUGUUAAUUAAAUAUGCAAUGAACAUGAAUAAAAUAUUUUGUAUGAAAACAA